AGGCAGUAUAUCCUCCAGUGCAGCGUGUGUGGCGUACUGGAGCUGCGCGCCGCUUCCCAUCCGCUGAGCACCUUUGUCUCUCUCACAGAGCUUCACUUUAACAGGGGCGCGGGGUUCAAGUUGCUGAGACGGAAGGGAACCGCUUUGAAGAAGUGAAUCUGGACGGGUUUAAUACACCAUCCCUCUCUAGAACUUACAAAGGGAGUGAACGGAGAGAGUUCCGCUGCGUAAACCGACACCGACCAUCGCGCCGCUCGCUCGCUCCUAGCAUGCGGGAAAACACAAGGAGCUGAGCCUUUCUUUGGAAAAUGUGGGAUUUUUUGGCCUCGUUUUUAAAUGGUGCUCUUAUAAGACGAAGCCGUGUGUGCGUUUUCAUGCGUUUUUGGACGCGCUGACAGCCCGCGAGCGUUACGCACUGACUCGCCUGAGGAGCCGUUGUGUGCAUCUUGAGCCUCCACACCUCUUCGUUCAGUCAGAACCCUUGUUUCUCGUCCAAUCAGAAUCUGCAUUCCGUGGAGCGGAAUAAAAGGAGUGGGAGCGGAGAAAUGGGGUGUGUGAAAGUUCUUCUUCUGAUGUUCGUGAUCAGCUUUGAAAAGGGGAUUUGCGUCAACUGGAACCCCGUCCCACGCAAGACAGUUAAAUAUAAUGAUGUACAAGACAGUAUGGCGAGGUUUCGCGCUGUUGGGGUGUGGAACUACACCAUGUUGACCCUGGCAGAGCAUGAGAGGGUUUUGUACGUGGGCGCCAGAGAGCACAUCUUCGCCCUGGAUCCCAACGACAUCAGCAGACAGCUUCGACCACAGAUUGAGUGGUCUGCUCCUGUGGAAAAGAAAAGAGAGUGCGCAGCGAAGGGGAAGAAUAACCAGACUGAGUGCUUCAACUACAUUCGUUUCCUGCAGAGCUACAACCACACACACCUGUACACAUGUGGGACGUACGCCUUCCAGCCCAAAUGCACCUAUAUUAAUGCAGAUCAUUUCACUCUGGAUAGCGCCAGCCUGGAGGACGGCAAGGGAAAGUGCCCCUACGACCCCGCCAAGGGUCAUACAGGCCUCAUUGUUGACAAAGAGUUGUACUCUGCCACCCUCAAUAACUUUCUGGGCACAGAGCCCGUAAUCCUGAGAAACCUGGGACAACAACAUUACAGCAUGAAGAGUGAAUACCUACCGGCUUGGCUCAACGAGCCAAACUUUGUGGGUUCGGCAUUGGUCCGGGAGAGCCGCAACAGUAAAGAUGGAGACGAUGAUAAGAUCUACUUCUUCUUUAGCGAGAGAGCAGUGGAGCUGGACUGCGACAGCGAUCUGACAGUGGCACGGGUGGCACGUGUGUGUAAGGGAGACCUGGGAGGCACACGGACUCUACAGAAGAAGUGGACCACCUUUCAGAAAGCUCGGCUGAUGUGUUCUUUCCCCGAGCGCCACAUCACCUUCAAUAACCUGCGUGCUGUCUUCACCUUGCCCGGGGCGGACUGGAGGAGCACUAGCUUCUAUGGCAUCUUUCACGCGCAGUGGGGGGAUGUGGAUGUGUCUGCUGUGUGUCAGUACCAGAUCGGAGAGGUGAAAAAUGUGUUCGACGGGCCGUAUAAGGAAUACAGGGAGUCGUCUCAGCGAUGGGGCCGAUACACUGGCACCGUGCCCAGUCCACGACCUGGAGCGUGCAUUACAAACUUUGACAGGGAAAACGGCUACAACAGUUCUCUACAGCUGCCUGACGCUACGCUAAACUUUGCCAAGAAGCAUCCGCUAAUGGAAGACCGGGCUGAAGCUCGGCCCCUGCUGCUUACUAAAGGGAUCAACUUCACCCGAAUAGCUGUGGACAGAGUGAGCUCACUGGACCAGAGAUCCUACAGCAUGCUCUUCAUAGGCACAGCGGAUGGAUGGCUCCAGCGUGUCGUGAUUUUGGGUUCAGAGGCUCAUGUGAUAGAAGAGAUCCAGCUGUUUGAUCGGCAGCAACCAGUGGACAGCCUCACCAUCUCGCACAGCAAAAAGUAUUUGUACAUUGGCUCACGCUCUGAGGUUCUUCAGCUGCCCUUGGCAAACUGCAGCCGGUACCAUUCACAGCCAGACUGCCUGCUGUCCCGAGACCCGUACUGUGCCUGGGACAGCGAGGGACGCGCAUGUGUCCGCAUCGACCUCCACCGCGGCUCCACAUCCACACUCUCGCAGGACCUCAUGCUGGAGAGGUUCAACCGAGGAAAAGCCAAGUUUGAUAAGCCUUUCUCCAUCCCCAGUCCUGAUCAUUCUAGGUUGAGAAAUGUGACUGUGGUUGUUGGGUCAGAUCUGGUAUUGCCCUGCCAUCUGGUUUCCAACUUGGCCCAGCCCUUCUGGGAGCUCAACGAACGUGAGCUCGCCCUGGUAGAAGGUGAGGCCGUGGGGCCGCAAUUCGACCGUGCCCUCCGUGCCCUCGUUAUCCCCCAAGCCGGCCCCCUUCAAGCAGGCCGCUACAUCUGCUAUUCGGAGGAGCAGGGUGUGAAGUUCCAGACGGAAAGAUACCAGGUUGCGGUGGUAGCCAGCGCGCCCGUCUUCAUGGAGGCCCGCGCUCCUGAUGGCAGCAUGGGUUUGUUCUGGGUCCUGGUGAUCACUUUGGGUGCUGCUUGUCUGUUGCUGCUAAUCGUGUCUUUGUACCUUCGUAGAAGACUGAAGUUGGCACUGGGAAAAGGAGCGGAAAUGAAGCCGCUGGAGAGCACUUUAGUGUACCCCAUUACUUUACCCAAAGAGCCUCCCAGCCGGCCAUCAUUUGUGCCAAGCAAGAUGGCGAACGAUGAGGAUCGCUUCUGGGAAACAGGGGCCAAUUACUACUAUUCGGACGGCUCCCUGAAAAUCGUGCCUGGGCAUGCAAUGUGCUCCACCGGAAGCUCGGCAUCUCCGAGCGCCAUUCCCGGUCAGCCCAUUCACUCGCCAAGCAGGUUGAGCCUCACCAACAUUCGGAACUCAGGCACCAACGGAUACAUCCGCCUGAAUCUGAGCACGGCCGGAGAGGAGAGAACGAGCAUGGGAGCGGGAAUGGGAAUUGGAAUGGGGAGCGGACUCGGGCUGGGCGGCCGAGAGAAUGAUUACUCCAGUCCGUUCAAAGAGGAGCUCCGGAAAACUCUGCAGCAGAGGAGCGUGCUUCCCGACGCCAAUCCCGAGGAGUCUUCUGUGUAGAUCUCACAGGAACCACAGAAAACCUCACCUACCUCCCUCCUGCUUGGGGAACUCUCUUCAUCCUACUCGCAACCUAUUUCUUCUCUGUCAACACCUCUUUGCAGUGGCAAACAUCUCCCGUGCCAUAAGGCCACCACGCUUCACGACAUUCCCAAGGAUUAUUCUGGUUCUCACACUACUAACACUCAACUGAGACUGAACACAACUCCAAAAACUUUUAUAAAUGUCUGUAUUUAAAGGACCAGACCGACAGGGCCUCGAGUUGAUCUUGGCUAACAGGCGAACACAGGUACAUCUCUGAGAGGAACCCAAGAUUGGCUAUUUGGCUAGUCAAAUGUAGCCAUCAGUUGGAUCUGCGUAGGGCAGACGUCUGACAAAGGAUCUGAAUCAUUUGACAAGCUGGAGGAUACGGAGUUAUUUUUGACAUCUAGAGGUUGCUUGCCUCAGGUGUUUGGACACGUUUUUUGCACCCUUUUAUGGGUAACGCAUUAGAGAGAGGAGACAAGGACAUGCAUAAACUCAAAUCACUAGAUGACAAUCACGCUCUUUUCUCAUGAGGAAAGCAGAGGAGGAAUUAUUAAAGAGAAGAGAGGGGAAAAAACAAAUGUAAAACCGAAACAGGACUUGAAUAAUGAACAAAUGCUUUGCCUUUCUUUCUUUACAGCUCAAAAACUUUUUUUAAACAUUGUCUUUUUUUCUGAGAAUGUGUACUGAGACUUGCAGCACUAAUUAAUUGUGAGGUUUUUCCAUAUCUGUUUAUUGCAACUGUUAAAGAAGGACUUCUUCUUCUUCUUUUUUUACGAUUAAUAGUUUCAUCUGAAAUGUGAAAGAUUACCAGUGGUAGUAGCAUGAGGAAGGUGUGAACUGAAUGUUGUACUGAGACUGUGUUGGAUGUGACAGCAAGUGCAUUAUUGUAUAUAUUUGGCUUGAACUGCCAAAUGAAGUACAACCCGUGUUUGCCUACAUGAUAAACCAGGUGAAUGAAGCCACAUGAUGGAAUUAAACUUUAUUUCUGGAAUGGUAUAGAAGACUCCGCCCACAUUCUGAAGCCGAAUUGUUCUCAAUGAAAGGGAUCCUUCAAAGACUACAAGGGACUGGACUUUUAAAAUAAGUCCGGAAUGAGUGGCAUAGGGCAACGGCUGAUCAAACACAGUGUGAGUUUUGCAACUCUUAAACAGAGACUAAAUACAAAAACAGGGUAAAAACAGAAAGCAGAGGACAUUUCAUUCCAUUGACUUUGAUUGUGAAGACAAAUGAAGGAGAUUUUGAUUUUUCGUGACCCUGCGGGUGGAGAGGCACUACAGUGAUCAUCACGGAGCCAUACUUUGUUGCAUGAUGUUCUCCAAAAUAUAUUGUAUAAGUUUCAACAAUAAAACAAUAGUCUCAUGUAUUUCAAAAAAGGAAGAAAAAACAAGUUUUCGUAGCUGUGCCUCUUCACUUCGGGUGAAGCCAAAGCAGACUGCAGACAUGUUUCUUCUGUUUCCUGUUUUUCUUUUCUUUUUAUUCUCUAUUUUAUGUUCUGGAAUUUGUCCAUUGCACAGAACUCAAGUGUUGUCUGAAAUCUUGUUACUUCUACUCUCGUUUUGGUGGAAUGCUGUUCUUUGUGGCAUGAGAGCUUUACGAUUUUCUCAAGCGGCUUUCCAUUCUGUCAUUGGCUCUUUUCUAGUCUUCAAUCUAGAGUGCGCCACACUGCAUAAGAGGGAAGUUUACUCUUGUCAGAAAAGAUAUUUGUACUAAAAGGAAUGCUAAGAAAUGUCAGAUUAACAAGGACCCAAUCCUUUCUGCCAGGACUUCUCAGGGUGGGCUUCUGACUCUCUUGAAAUUGUGAAAUUUCACCGUUCUUAAUUUCACUAAUCGCUUUGAUAAGCCUGUCUAAUGACUUAAAGUCAGACUUUAGACUGACAUAAUUUCACUGAGCGACCAGAAGUGUUGCAUAUGCUUGUUUGCAACAUGCAUGGCGUUUUUUGUACUGACCAGUAUUUCCUGCUUCAUUAGAAAAAAAAUACUCGGUUCAUUUCAUCUCACAUGGCUUUAAAUCUGCUGUUACUUUGUGAGUUUUUGUAUUAUGAAAUUCUCUUUUCUUGCAAUUCAAAGAUAUUGUUAAAAAAUCUUUUUUCCAUUUUUUAGGUAAUUAUGUUAAGUAACUUAUUUUGCUUGUACAAAAAGUUGAUAUUUAUUACCAUUGUACAUAUGCCCUUAUUUUUUAUAUAUGUAUAUAU